AUGCAGAGUGAAUAUGUUGCAGCCUGUGACGCUCGAAGGUCUUUCAUUUCUGGCUUCACGGGUUCUGCGGGUAAUUCGCCUUACAACGCGUAUAUUUGGCAUAUAAUUCAAAAUUCAUCAAAUGACACUGUAAAAUAUAUUUUCUUUUUAGGAUUGGCUGUAGUAUCUAAUGAUGCUGCUGCACUUUUUACGGAUGGUAGAUAUUUUCUCCAAGCGAGUAAACAAUUGGAUUGUAACUGGACAUUGAUGAAACAAGGUUUGCCAGAUGUUCCCACCUGGCAAGAGUAUUUAGUGCAAAAUCUUCAAAAAGGUUCAAAAAUAGGAAUUGAUCCCACAUUAAUUACCUCACCUGAUGCUAGAACAUUAUCCGAAUCUCUGGAGAAAAUUGGCUCUUGUUUGAUACCUAUCGGUCAGAAUCUAGUUGAUUUGGUGUGGGGAAAUGAAAGGCCUCCACGUCCAACAAAGGAGGUUAUAAUAUUAGAAGAACGUUAUUCUGGGCGCUCUCACACUGAUAAAAUUGCAAAUCUUCGUGGAGAAUUCACUAAGGAAAAUUAUUACGGUUUUGUUGUUUCGGGGCUCUUUAACCUUCGUGGCUCCGAAGUUGAAUACAAUCCUGUAUUCUUUUCCUAUUCACUUAUCACUAAGGAUGAAGCUAUUCUUUACAUCGACGAUCGUAAAUUAAACAAGGAAGUCAGAGAUCAUCUGGGACCUGAUGUUAAAUACCGACCAUACGAUGCAAUAUUCGAAGAUUUGCAAGAACAUUCUGUCAAGUUGAAAAACGAUAACCAGGACAAUAUUGAAGAAACUCGUUCACCGGUCACUGAUGCCAAGGCAAUCAAAAAUGAAGUCGAAUUGGAAGGCAUGAGACAAUGUCAUUUAAGAGAUGCUUGUGCAUUAAUCAAUUAUUUUGCAUGGUUGGAAGAUGAAAUAGCAAAUGGAAAAACUGUAACUGAAAUGGACGGAUCUAUUAAAUUUACUGAAUUAGGACAUUGUAAACCUUAUUUUAGAGAACAGUCUGACUUUAUGGGACCUUCCUUCGCUACCAUUUCCGCAUCAGGACCUAACGCUGCUGUUAUACAUUAUCAACCACAACCAGAGUCUUGUGCCGUUAUUGAUCCGAAUCUUUUAUAUUUAUGCGACUCUGGCGGUCAAUAUAAAGAUGGAACCACUGAUGUGACACGUACCAUUCAUUUGCGAAAGCCAACUGAACAAGAAAAGCGUGCUUUUACUCGUGUUCUUCAAGGACACAUCGCUAUCGAUAGAGCUAUCUUUCCUAAAGGAACUACUGGUAAUUUUUUACAUGUACUUGCAAGAACUUCUUUAUGGAGGGAUGGAUUAGAUUAUCGUCACGGAACAGGUCAUGGAGUGGGAUGCUUUUUGAAUGUUCACGAGGGUCCACAAGGUAUAGGUACUCGGAUUGCGUUCAAUGAUGUACCACUUCAAGCGGGUAUGACAGUAACUAAUGAACCAGGCUAUUAUGAAGAUGAUAAAUUUGGUAUUCGUAUUGAGACUGUCUUGUUUGUCCGCGAGGUCGAGACACCAAAUAAUUUUGGUGAACGAGGCUACCUUGGAUUCGAACAUAUAACAUAUGUUCCUAUUCAAACAAGUCUCGUGGAUGUAUCUCUCUUGAGUCCAAUCGAGCACAAAUGGCUCAAUGAUUUUAAUGCUGAAUGUCUACAAAAAUUAGAACCUUUAAUGACUCCAAAUAGUCCAGGAUUACGUUGGUUAAAACGAGAAACUGCACCAUUAAAUUAA